AUGUCGACUUUAAGUAGAUCCCGGGCGACCCUGUCGCCUGCCACUUCCGAGAGAUCCACACUUCCCAUGGGAGCUACAGCCGAACAAGGGAGCCAAGAUUUCACACCUCUAGAGCCGACACGGGAGCAGCUACUUGCACAUUUCUUCGAGCGGUUCAAAUUCUACACUUCCCUUUGUCUUGGCACAUCAGCUAUACUCGCCGUAUUUGCGUUUCUCUUCCUAAUCCCCUUUGUGGUCGAGCCAGCGAUCCAAACGAUUCUUGCCGAGUUCGCACCAGAAGCAGGAAUAUGUAGUGUGUCAAGCCAUGUUUAUGCAGAAACGUUAACAAAUUGUACCUGGGCAUCGUGCAGAGAGGGUUGCACUACAACGCACACAAAAUGUCACAAAAUUCGAGUGAACCUAGCUAGAAGACCAUUCUUUGGAAAUGAAACGUUACCAAUCGAGUGGGAUGAGACUAAUUUAAAGUUCUUGAUCAAUCCUGAAGGCUGCGGUUAUCCUCCGAAAGUGAAUUGCUCAGUAUUUGCCAGUGAAUAUGCGGGAUCAAGGUCACCGAAGAUUUUCCCUUGCUUCUACAGUAUGACGCGACCUGAGUUAGUUGUGGCGAGGUAUUCCUGGGAGACGACAAUACGAGGAUUGAUAUUGGCUUUGGUUCUACCGACGACAGUAUUUGUGUUCAGUUUAAGUGUCCUGGCGUAUUGGCAUUGCCACUGUUGUGACAGGGCCUGUAAUCGCCGAGUGCACGCUGAAUCGUUUGCGAGUAAAGAAGAGAUAAACAAAUACCAGUUCAAGGAAGAACCUUCAUAGUUUCAGCUAUAGAUGUUUAGGAACUAUUUAUUAUUUGCAACAGCAAGCUCCUCUGUGAACUAGACGAUGACCCCAGUGACGACGUGUUCUGACGCCAAGCCACCACAUACCCCCGACGCCGGACCUCACCAAGGAACAACGGAUAUACUCAGAUGUAGACCAAAUAUAUCAUUAAAUACAUUGUGCCUAAGGCUAAACGAAUUUGUCGUACGAUUUAAGAUUGCUGGAUUUAUAGAUGGUCCAUUUAUUGGACAUUGAUGGUUGCGAGCAAUGAAAGUCGAGUAAUAUAUAAUCUAGUUUCAAAGGGGCUCUUAUUUCCUAAUGAUCUCAUAUUUUAUUCAGUAAAAUGUUCGCUUUGUUUAUCAAAAGCUUUAUGUGGUUCGUGAUUUUUUUGUACUGUAAAUAAAUGGUAAAUAAUAUAUCUAAAAGAGUGGUCUUCUGAAGUUUAUGUGGGUAUUGAUGUUUAAAUCUCUCUCUUUGUAUUCGGGAAGUUGUAUUAAUAGUAUCAAAUAUUUGGCUCAUGUUAUUUAUUGAAUCUUUAUCUGCAUAUUAUUUGCUAUGAAACCGGCAGCCAAGCUUCAGCGAGGUUUAAGAAUUUUGUGUAACAAUUCGUCUCUUUCUAAAUUUGAGCUAAGUCGGAUAGUCUAAGUAAUGUUAAUAUUCGCUAAAGUUUUAUUGUUUAUAAAUAAGUAGAUAGAUAAAUUCACUUUCAACGCAACAAAUUUAUAAUCCCUGCCGAUAA